AUGAAGUAGAAAAUUAUAAGGUGAUUUCUCGAAAGCUGAGUGGGUACGGGUCCAGUCCCUUUUUUUUCCCCGGUGAUCGUCCUCGCUACUGUAUUACCACUGCUGUUCUUUGUCGUUGCCGCUGUUGUAGGUUCUUCGCCACACCCUAUCCACAGCAUGCUCACAUUUAACUCCGCCAGUGUGAGCCCGUGAGGGAUGACGUUGAGGAAUACCAAUUUCGUCAUGCACGCUCUGCUGCCUUUUUCCUCUUUUCUCUGUCGCUACCGCUAUACCUAUUGGCAUACAUAACUUUUCCCCAAAUAUCGACUAGAUAAAACAAUCACAACAAAAUCCAAAAAUAUCAGCAUGGCAUCUAGACAAUCUCCUCAACAAGGCCAAGCACAAGGAAGAACCUACCAAUUUAAACUUGUCUUGUUGGGCGAAUCCGCUGUUGGCAAAUCAAGUCUGGUGAUGCGGUUCGUCAAAGACCAUUUUGAUGAAUACAGGGAGAGCACUAUCGGAGCUGCUUUCUUGGCACAGACCAUUUCGUUGGACGACAACACGACAGUAAAGUUCGAGAUUUGGGAUACUGCAGGUCAAGAACGAUACAAGAGCUUGGCACCCAUGUAUUACCGUAAUGCAAACUGCGCAGUCGUCGUCUAUGACAUUACUCAAGCCUCUUCGUUGGAGAAAGCUAAAGCCUGGGUCAAUGAACUUCAACGUCAGGCAGAUCCCAACAUUGUAAUUGCGUUAGCGGGCAAUAAGUCUGAUCUUGAAGGCCGAAGAGCAAUUGAUACACAGACUGCACAAGAAUAUGCCGAUGAAGCCGGUUUAUUAUUUUUCGAAACAUCGGCAAAGACUGCGCACAAUGUGCACGAAUUGUUCAACGCGAUAGCGAAGCGCAUGCCACUCGAUCAACUUGCUGAUAGCACUCGUGGCAGAAACCGUCUAAAUGCUCGUGGUGGCGUGGAUCUGAAUCGGCCGGCCAAUCCCAAUGGUUGUGCUUUUGAAAAUGUAAGAAAAGUGGAAAAGAAGAGAGGGGGAGAGAGGGACUCGAUGGUGUGUAUCUGUCCCGUAUACCUUUUUUGCUCUCUUUCUUUCACUCUACAGCUCAAAUCUCGCUCGCUCACCCAACCAAUCAAUCCACCAACCAACCAACUUACCAGCAACACCCUCCCCUUUCUCUCUCAACUGUUAUUUCCAUAGGCAUUAAUCUCUUCUCUUUUUUCACAUUUUACCUUCCUCAAAGCGCUGCUGUGUUCGUCUGUCUGCUUAUCGUUCCUCUUUUUCUCUGUCUCCCAAGCUCUACCCCGUAGUUACCCUUCCUUUUCUCUUUUCUUUUUCCCACAAGUGUUUUUAUAAAACUCUUAUAUUAUAUGCUACUAUAUUAUCAUUAUUAUUAUUAUUUGUUUACAAGUCGAAAAUUAUGCUAUGCGCUAUCGUAGAACUAUGGCGGAGACCGAGGUUUUG